AUGACUCCCAAUUACUACUAUUCCAGUGACUUGAAAAGAGCUGGAGAAAGACAAGGCUUAAAGGACAGAGAUGCUGCGCAUGCCCUGGGAGGCUUCCCUCCUGUAGGCUCACGAUUCCUUUGUUCGUUUUCUGUUGUUUGCAGAGAUGGUUGUAUCAAAGCUGUGGGCCAGGCAGAUGUUAUUCGCAAUCAGUUUUCAGGAGCAACAUUUGAAAGAAUAAUUGACUGCUCUGGGAAGUGUGUGUUACCAGGCCUGGUAGAUGCACAUACACAUCCAGUGUGGGCUGGUGAUAGGGUUCAUGAGUUUGCAAUGAAGCUGGCAGGUGCAUCCUAUAUGGAGAUCCACCAGGCUGGGGGAGGAAUACAUUUUACUGUGGAACACACUCAGAAUGCCACAGAAGAAGAGCUCUUCAAUACUUUCAAACAUCGACUUGAACGCAUGCGCAAUGCGGGAUCUACUUUGGUUGAGUGCAAGAGUGGAUAUGGCUUAAACUUAGAAACAGAGCUUAAAAUGCUCAGGGUGAUCGAACGUGCUAAGCAAUCCAUGGAUAUUGGCAUUUCUUCAACAUACUGUGGAGCUCAUUCUGUGCCAAAAGGGAAAACUGCUACUGAAGCCACAGAUGACAUUAUCAAUAACCAUCUCCCUAAACUGAAAGAACUCAAACUAAGUGGUGAAAUACAUGUUAACAAUAUAGAUGUGUUCUGUGAGAAGGGAGUCUUUGAUCUGGAGUCUACUAGGAGAAUUCUUCAAGCUGGAAAAAAUAUAGGGUUACAGCUUAACUUCCAUGGUGAUGAACUCCAUCCGAUGAAAUCUGCUGAGCUUGGAGCUGAGCUAGGAGCCCGGGCUGUCAGCCACCUGGAAGAAGUUAGUGAUGAAGGUAUCACAGCGAUGGCAAGAGCUAAGUGCGCUGCUGUCCUCUUACCAACAACUGCCUACAUGCUGAGACUGAAGCAACCUCAAGCUAGAAAAAUGUUAGACGAAGGAGUUAUAGUUGCUCUUGGCAGUGACUUUAAUCCCAAUGCAUACUGUUUUUCAAUGCCUAUGGUGAUGCAUCUGGCCUGUGUAAACAUGAAGAUGUCAAUGAAUGAAGCACUAGCAGCUGCCACCAUUAAUGCGGCUUAUGUGCUGGGAAAAUCAGACACACAUGGCUCCAUAGAGACUGGCAAGCAAGGGGAUCUUGUUAUCAUAAAUUCAUCAAGAUGGGAGCACUUGAUUUACCAGUUUGGGGGACAUGAAGCACUGAUCAACUACGUUAUAGUUAAAGGACAAGUCGUCUAUGAAAAUGAGAGGUGUGAGACAAUGAGCAGUUACUGAGAGAAGACAGUAAUUUAGGAAGCUACUAUAAUCAAAUUAGCAUGGAGUAUUUCAGAGCAACAGACAAAUCAAUUUUGUAUUUAGCGGUAAAUUGUUUGGUGCUCACCUUACCAGCCCUCUUAUUCAAAUAAA